AUGAACUUCCUUUUCAACUUCCUCCUCCUCUCCAUCAUGGCCUUCCUAGCCGCAGCAGCACCACUGCGCCCUCAGUCACCACCUGACUCCCACUCGGCAUUGACCAGGGGCGAGGAUGCCAGUUUCACAACCGCCGCCGUCGCCGCCGUAAUAGAUGCAGCAAAAUCUACUACCUCUACAACAUGGAACGAUAAUGAUGACGGUGAGGUCUCACAAGGUGACGAAGACGAGGACACGUGGGAAGCUGAGGAGGCACAUGUAAAUAACGACUCGGAUCCUUGGGACCACGAUACCUUUAUUGCUGAGCCGUCGACCUAG